AUUCCUCUUGCCAUUAAUUGCUUUGUCAUAUGCGUUGUAGAUCUAAAAGGCGCUGUUGAUUUACGGCAUAUUUAGCGUUCUUGCAUGAUUGUGAACUUUUCUCCUGAUUCGUGAAGCAAGCAGAGAAUUGCUUUUGGAAAGAGCAAAGAAUUUAGAAAUCUUUUGCUUGUGCAGAAUUUUUUUCAUCAUUUUCUUGUUUUUUAAGGUUAUCUUGAUUCUUGCCAUCAAAGAUUUUAUAGGUUCAAGUAGUUCCAAAGUACGUAAGGUUAACGUAUUUGAACUUCAAUAAUGGUUGAGGAGGGUUUCAAGGUUUCAUUGAAUGUCUAUGACCUAAGCCAAGGACUGGCUCGGCAACUUUCUACUACAUUCUUAGGCAAGGCUAUUGAAGGCAUAUGGCACACAGGUGUAGUGGUUUAUGGUAAUGAAUAUUUUUUUGGGGGAGGUAUACAGCAUACUCCUGCUGGAACUACACCAUAUGGAACACCAUUGAGAGUUGUGGACUUGGGUGUCACACAUGUACCCAAGGAUGUGUUUGAAAUUUAUUUGCAGGAAAUUAGCCCUCGUUAUGCGGCUGAAACUUACAGUCUCCUCUCUCACAAUUGCAACAACUUCAGUAAUGAGGUGGCACAAUUUUUAGUCGGUAAAACUAUCCCGCAGUAUAUUCUAAACCUACCUAAUGAAGUUAUGAGCAGUCCAAUGGGUGCUCUUAUAUUGCCCAUGAUACAGAAUCUGGAAGCAACAUUGAAGGCCGGUGCAGUGCCACAAGUUCCUCAGUUCAGACCUCCAUUGGCUCAGUCUUCACCGUCCCCGAGCGGCACAACUGCUACUGUGAACAAAGCCUCCAGUAGUCCCAGCACUCUUUCUGUGCAAAAGACUCUGAGAGAGGCUGAUGGUAAAGUGAAACCUGAAGAGCAACCUACCAGGUCUGAGGAGCCAAAGUCACUGGAUAAUGCUGUGCCUCCUGCUGUCAAACCUGUGGAAGCACAAGAGAAGUCAAGUGUUAAUGGGGUCGCAGAAGAUCCUCUUGGAGAUGCCCGGAGCAAGGUGCAAGAGGAGAUUGGCCGUGAAUUUGCUGCAAUCAUGGCAACUGGGAGAUUGCGCGCAAGUGAGGCUGCAGCCCUUGCAAUGAAGAAAGUGAUGCAAAAAUAUGGGCAUAUGAACGUUGCCAUGCCGCAGUGUUAGAAAUUGAGACUGAUUUUUUAAGUUGUUUCCUGUUGUUUGUCCGAAGGCCAUUCAAUGAAAUUUAUAAAUCAACUUCUCAUUCCUUCCAGGCUCUAUAAGAUGUAGGCCUGGACUGAUUGUUUCCGUACUUAAAAAGAGUAUGAAUUGACAUUAUCUAUGGUUGUCUAAAACAUGUAUUUGAAUAUGCUUUCAGACCUCUUUUAAUUAAAUGUAUCGGCAUAUUCUUUUUUUCCGUAA